ACGGUAUGUGUGUUGGUGAUGGUUGCGCCGCGUAACGCGUACUAUCUUAUCGCCGCUAUCUUUCCUAUCGAUAUGUGUGUCUCGCUGCACUAUCGUUCUCAAAAAAAAACUAAUACCACGAUCCGCAAACCAUUAAAAAAAAAUGGCUGGAAGCGAGGAAGAGUGUCCAGGGGGGCGGUCGCACCGUAUAGCGACACAUAUAGGACGGCGCGCGCGAGCACGAGACACAUGUAGCGCAAAGAGCGCAAGCAUGUGCGUGGGGCUUGCGUGUGUGCGCGAAUGCGCGACCCUUCACGUACGUCGCGCAUACACGGUGCCACGGACUGGUGUGGUGCGUGUGUUGGUCUGUGUGGUCGCCGGUCUCGAUUUCUGCUCCGCUAUUAGCGGCUUAGUGCUAACGGUGGUUCGUCUCGGUGUGGAUCUCGGUACGGUCGGCUCGUGCAGCGUUUCUCGCCCUGGGGCAGGGGAGAGAGGGAGAUGAAGGUCCCGAUCACAACGGUGCACCACGGUUCGCGCAGUGCCCUAUGAAUCAACGCUUCACACCGCAUCAUCAAUCAAACUUUUCCAAAACUCUUCCACUGUCGAGCGAAUAGACUCUGCGUUGCAAUCAAAUGCUCCGAGGCGGCGGCGUAACGGUGCAUCGUCCUGCAACGCACGCUUCUUCAGUAUCCGUUCACCCCGACGCGCUAAUCGAGCGAUACAAGGUCCACGAUGGUGAAGGACCGCCUGGCCGAGUUGAAAGGCAAAAGUAAGUACGCGAAUCAAGGGCCGCAGGAUGGGGCGUCCGAGGUGGCCAUGCCGCUCACCAGGUCACAGGAGGAAAUUUUUGAAAAUCUCGAAAAGUUUGCACAGCUCACUGCCUGGAUACAGACGAUACGAGGCAACAUUACAAAAAUGCGGCAACAGAUCGGGUCCUCCAAGUUCCACUACAACGACAAACCCAUCCGGGAUCAGGUGGAGGAAAGACUGAAGGAAAACAAUCAGCUCUGCCAGCGAAUUUACACCACGAUCCGACAGCUCGAGUCUGAUCUCGGAGAGGACUGCAUCCGAACCGGGGUGCUGUUUCGCAUCAAGAACACACAGUUCCUGGUGAUACGGGACGACUAUCUCAGCGCGUACCGGGAGCACGAGGAGUUCGUGGCGUACUACGAGCAGCGCAUCAUGGCUCUGAUGAAGCUGGAAGCAAAAGCAAUGAGCUACAACAUCACGGACGAUGAGGCGCUGGAGCAACUCACCGGCAAUCAGAUGUCGCCUUUCGUAGGCAAUCUGCUGGAGGAAACGGAACGGGAGCGGCAAAAGCUGCGCGACAUCAUGACCCGCCACAGCCAGCUGGAAGCGCUCGAGAAGUCCCUAGUGGAGGUGCGGGACAUGUUCGUGCGUAUCUCGAGCCUGGUGAUGGAGCAAGGCAGCCUGGUGCAGGUGAUCGAGUACCACGCGCAGCAGGCCACGCUCAACACCGAUCACGGUGCGCACCAGCUGCAGAAGGCGCGCGAGUAUAAGAUUAAGGCGCUCAAAAAGCGCACCUGUCUGCUGAUCUGGGUUAGUACCGCUCUCGCGGUGUUGCUGUUUUUGGUCAUCGUUUUCUAGCCCAAAACCCGCCCGUCUGCCUUAUUUACAUGUCUACUUCUAUAGUAUCUUGCCCGAUGGUAUUGGUUUAGUCUUCUUUUCAUCUCCACAGCUUUUGUGAGAGACAGAAUUUAUUCACAGUGGGACACAGUCACGUAGACAAACCCAGAGUUUUCCAAAAGCACAUCGCAAACGCCAAACGAACGUGACGAACUGAUUCCAUUUUGACUUGCUGUGGUUGAACGUAGCACGAAUUUAACGUGUGUGUUCUGCUUUACUUCUCCGAUAGGGUAUUCUCCGCCGAGGGGACGUUCUGCAUUAAGGUGGUACAGAUAAAUUCAAAAAAGAAAAAAAACGAGCGCAUCUCGUUUUAACAGUCGUACUUUAAUGUUACAAUGAAUGAACUAUUUGAUUCAUUUUUCCUACUGUACAUCAUCUUCUAUUUCAACAUAAAAAACUCCCCAAAAUUACAUUGAUCUUUAGAUGCUUCAUAAAAAAUACAAAAAAAAAAAAACAGAACAAUCAGUCCUGCAAUCCUCAUUUUUUCGUAAAGUUGGAAUCAAAAAUAAACUAUACACAAUUUUGAGUACCGUAUCGUAAAA